GCAAGUAGAAACGAAGGAAUCUCGAGUCAGUGAGCACCUGUGGCAUCAAAGAGCGGUUGAUUUGACGUGUUGGUAAUUCAUUCGAGGGCGUGUAAUUGACGCAGCGUACUGCAUGGCUACAAUCAAACAAGUACUCUCACAGACACCGACCAUAUCACGCAACGUUUCAAGCCCCUUUUUGGGCAUUUGUGUGAUCAUGGGUCCUUCAGAUAGACGAACAUGCAAGGAGGUGGCAGACUGUACGUACACCAGAUUUGGGGGACUGGGUUCUACAGGAUAUCUAUGCAGACCCUAGUACAAGCUCCAGGGACUGACGAUGCCCGAGACGAAUAACGAGUGCGUGGGCGGCAGCGCUUGGGGGCGGCGCUCACUGGUGGUGGUGACGGGCGCGAGCCGCGGCAUCGGGCGCGCCGUGGCGCUAGAGGCUGGCCGGCGCGUGGGCCAGGGCUCGCUCAUGGUGCUGGUGGCCAGGAACGCGGACGGGCUGGGCGCCACGGCCGAGGCGGUGCGCCGCGCCAACGCCGCCGUCUCCGUCGUCUGCAAGCAGGCCGACCUGGAGCGCGACGUAGCACCCGACCUGCUCAGCGAUGCCGUGAGCCAGGCCGAGUGCGGGGACACAGCAGACUACAAGGUGGCCAUGAUCGUGCACGGUGCUGGCUCUGUUGGUGACCUGUCAGAGGGUACUGCACAGUUAGCAGACAGUGCCAAAUGGACCUCUUACCUGGCACUUAAUGUGUCUUCCGCUGCAGUGCUGACCGCGCAGUUCCUGGCUCUGCUACCACAGGGGGAUAAUGGCCCACGGCGUUACAUCGUCAACAUCACAUCUCUAGCUGCCGUGGAACCCUUCCCAUCUCUGGGGUACUAUUGUGUGGGCCGCGCUGCUCGUCAGAUGUACUUCUCAGUUCUGGCUGCUGAGAAUGCAUCACUGGCUGUGCUAAACUAUUCACCUGGUGUUGUGGACACAGACAUGGUGGCCAGUAUAGAAAAUGGUGCCUCAGACCCAGCCAUCCGUAACAGCUUCUCAGAUAUGCGCAAGCGUGGUGACAUUGUUUCCCCGGAGAAGACAGCUGCUCGUCUGGCUGCUGUGCUGGAGACAGGUGCCUUCCAGUCAGGGAAGCGCAUUGACUACUAUGACCUCAAGGACUAGAUGCCUUAGCUUCCUCUCUCUGCAGUACCUAGCUGUAGCGGAACAUGAAGUGCCAGUCUGAUGCACUAUAGUAAUAAAUAAGGUGUGUAUUUUCAAAACUGGGCAUGUGACUUCUAACAUAUGUUGAAUGGAGGGGGUGGGGAGGGGGGGGGGGGGAAUAAUUGCCUGGAAAUAACAGCAUGAGACAUUCAUACUGUACAGCAGUAAUUACUCUAUAACUAUCCUGCGACUGUGCAGAAUUCCUACUGCUCACUUGUCCAUUAUGGCUGCCAGUGUUGUUGUGGGAGAACUGAUGCAAAAUUUGGGGUAAUUCAGAGAAGCCUGUGACUAGCUGAGUAAUUGAAUAGAUAUUUGAAGCAUAUUCAGGUAGCAUAAUUGAUAGCUCACCCUCUGUAAACUACAGGUACCCAAAUUUGUUAUGUUCCAGCACAUUUCUUCACUUGUGAUAUGUUACCAACUGGUGUUUAAUUUAUUAUUUCUGGUAAUGAAUGACAAGGAGAAGUGUAAAAUGUUAAAUCAUGGAAUCAUUAAUAUGUGCUCCUUCAAAGGCACAUCAUUGCAUUUAUCCAUUUCAGAAACAGGGCUCUCGGAAUCAUGUCCACAGUCUGGAUAUUUGUGUGGGGAGGAUGCCUUCUAUUCAUGUGUUAAUAUAUGAUUAUAAAUAUGAAUGACAGGUAUACAAAACAGUGAAUUUCCGUCUUGUUUGAAAACUGUAGUCCAUACUGAAGGUCUAAUGAUAUCAUCCAAAUAGCACAUAAUUUACAACUACAUGAAUUAAAAAAAUUAAAAUCAUACUGUCCACGUGAAUAAUAAUGAACAAUGAACUCUUAAAUAAUGCCACAUAGUUGUAAAGAAGAAAUCUAAAAUCACCUAAACCAAAUCUUGUUACAAACAAUUUUUCCUUCCCUUUUGUGCAUUUACAUUUCUGAAUUCAGGCAAUUCCACAACACUGUUCAAUGCUGAAACACACAUUCUUGUGGUGGUUAGAUUAAAUACAUAAAAGACAAAACUUGCAGCACAAAUUAAUCACAUAUCUCAUGUAAUCAUAAAAUUGUGUGUAAAUAGCAGAAAUUACAUGUCUUGCUAUCAUGUGAUGUCUGAUGAUCAUUUGUGUUGUCUAAAUAACCUGCUUUUAAAAUUCACACAUGAAUUAUACAUGUAUUGCACAACCACAUGUGGUUUGGUGGAGGUGGAGGGGCCCUGUUAAGUUAUGUGGCCUAUACUUGCAUGGGUUGUGUGCAGACAUCCAGCCCACAUGGUAUCCUGCAUGACUCCCAGUUUUAAUGUUUGUGAACGAAACCAGUUUUGAAAAUAUAUAUCUCAAAUACCAAUAAGCAUUUCUUCAUUAUAUAAUAACAUCAUAACCUGUGUCUCACUGUAAAUCCUUUCUCAAAUAAAACUAUUAGGAUUUCACAAAGCA